CUUCCUAAUAUGACGGGUUGGGGCAAAAUCUUAAAAAUAUCAGACACAGACACACACACACACAUAAAAAGAUGUGCUAAGGGGAUGAAUACGUGAAUGAUAAUGCAGUCGCAACUCCUGGUGGGACCCAUCCCCAUCAACGGCUGCUUUGGCUUCCAUUCUGGCUUCCAGAUUAAUCCUGGCCCUCCAUCUCACUCCGCAACUCAUCUCCACCACCAAAAUAGGGUCCGCCAUCACCGGCGGUGGAGCCCGCUGAUCGUUGCGGCUUCGUCGUCCUGGGCUAUUCCCGGCAAGCAGAACCACUAUGCGGUGCUCGGCCUCUCACGCUACGCCACUUCCGCUGAAAUCAAGAGGGCUUAUCGCCUCCUCGCUCGUAAGUAUCAUCCUGAUGUUAGCAAGGUUUCUCAGGCUGGAGAGGUGUUCAAGAGCAUACGCCAUGCAUAUGAAGUACUAUCUAAUGAAGCAACGAGGACUCAGUAUGACCAAGCACUGAAAUUACAAGAAGACACAGGUAGGCAACGAAGGAGAGAGAGUUACAGUACUGAGUUUGACGAUGAGUUUGAUGAUGGGGUGAAGGUCUAUCGGUGGGAGUGGGCUGAACUAAGGUGGAGAAUGCAACAAGAGAAUUAUUGGGAAGGUAACAGAGUCAAUGAGGGAUUCCAAGAAACAAGCGAAGUAGCUGAAGAGGAAAAUUCAAUGCAAGAAAGAGGCUCCUUCAUUGAAGUGCUUAGAUCUGCAUUUAUGUCUCUGUUACUGUUGCAGACCUUUGGAUCCCGGUUCUCUCUCACCUUUAGCAGCCUGAUGGCCCUGCUUGAUAGGAAGUUGGAUGCUGGAUACAAAAUCGGGUAUAUAAUUGCUUGGAUUUUGGGUGGGAGAGGUGGCGUUCUGCUAACUUUGUGCCUCUCAUUUGCUAGUUGGGUUUGUGGAAAAACCAGCAGCAGUAUGGUGGUUCUGGUUGUUGUAGCUAUGUGGGUUGGCUCCAAUCUUGCAAGGUAUGCACCACUUCCACAAGGUGCUCUUCUUACUCUCCUCUAUAUGUCCAUUAAGCUUCAAGUGGACUUGAACUAACAUUUUUUAGAUUUUUAUUCUCUUAUGUAACAAAUGUAUAUAUUUUAUUCACAAUCAUUGUAAAUAUUUCUUUCUCCUAAUGGAUAAAAGUAGUAUGAUAUUUAAACUGA